AUCGCAACUCAUACUAGAACAUACAGCAUUUCACAAGACACAACAUAAGCAAUAGCCAUGGGAGCUGUGAAGCAUACAUUGAAAAUGCUUUCAUGGCUCCUACUCUUCGCACAAUUGGCUGCGGCCACCACCUCCAAGUGCACAAAUGCCACAAAUGGGACUGAGACUGACAGCCUGGGUGCAAUGAAACUGAAGCUGAUUGCCAUUGCAUCCAUCCUCACAGCUGGAGCAGCUGGUGUGCUAGUGCCAGUACUUGGCCGCUCCAUGGCCGCGCUACAUCCUGAUGGUGACAUUUUUUUCGCUGUCAAGGCAUUUGCAGCCGGUGUCAUCCUGGCCACGGGCAUGGUCCACAUUCUGCCAGCAGCAUUUGAUGGGCUGACAUCCCCAUGCCUCUACAAAGGUGGCAGUGGUGGGAACAUUUUCCCCUUUGCAGGACUCAUUGCAAUGUCUGCUGCAAUGGCCACUAUGGUGAUAGACUCACUAGCUGCUGGGUACUACCGCCGGUCUCACUUCAAGAAGGCACGGCCAAUCGACAUCCUAGAGAUCCAUGAACAACCAGGAGAUGAGGAAAGGUCUGGGCAUGCACAACAUGUGCAUGUGCACACCCAUGCAACACAUGGGCAUUCACACGGAGAGGUGGAUGUCAUCAGUUCACCAGAGGAGGCUUCAAUAGCUGACACGAUCCGGCACAGGGUGGUAUCUCAGGUCCUUGAGCUCGGAAUUUUGGUGCAUUCAGUGAUAAUUGGGGUGUCCUUAGGUGCAUCUGUGAGGUCAUCGACCAUAAGGCCUCUUGUUGGUGCCCUUAGCUUCCAUCAAUUCUUUGAAGGCAUUGGCCUGGGUGGUUGCAUUGUGCAGGCAAAUUUCAAGUUGAGGGCUACCGUCAUGAUGGCAAUUUUUUUCUCCCUGACUGCACCCAUUGGCAUUGCAUUAGGGAUUGGAAUUUCAUCAAGCUACAAUGGCCAUAGCACUACAGCGUUCAUUGUUGAAGGAGUGUUCAACUCAGCCUCAGCAGGAAUUUUGAUCUACAUGUCAUUAGUCGAUCUUCUGGCCACAGAUUUCAAUAAGCCCAAACUGCAGACGAAUACAAAGCUUCAGCUGAUGACAUAUCUUGCACUUUUCUUAGGUGCAGGGAUGAUGUCCAUGCUUGCUAUAUGGGCAUAGAUUUUCAGACCAUCAAAGGAUGGCUAGAGUUGAAGAAAUAAGUUUAUUUGUCCAAGAGUUCUCCAUUUUCUCAAACAAGAUGCCCUUGGUGAAGGGUUCAUCAUAUUAAUCCACGAGUUCUCCAUCUUCCGUACGAUAUAGCCUCAGAUAGUCCUUUUGUACUUCAUAAUGUGAGAUUACAUGAUUUGUCAUUUGUUGGCAUAGUCCAUUAUCCUAAAGCUAUGAUAGUCAUUAGCUGUGGUUCAUGUGCUGAACAUUCAGUCAUAAAGACAGAGCUAAGCCAAUUCUA